AUGUCCAAAUACCUCGACGCAUAUACCGCCCUCUCCCCCUCUUCCCCUCGCUCCCAAGUCUCCUCCGUUCUCCAGUCCAUCACAGAUGCACCUCCACUGACGAUUGAUGAUGCAAAACGCCGCGAUCUCAUCCAGACGAUAAUUGACGAUCUCUCCAAAUCGAACGGCAAUGGCGGAAAGAAGAGGCUCUCUUCCAAAGACGCGGCGCCCGCUCUACAAGCUGUAAAGUCUCUUGGGAAGAACCCUGCGGGGUCGGAGGUCAUCGCCACCUCCCCCAAUCUCUCCGCCCUACUCUCAUUGUACCAUGCAUACAAGGACAUUCCAGAGGCCUCGAAUGAAGCUCUUCGUUGCAUCGCAAAUGCGAUGCUCCUAGUUGACCAGGCCCGUGCAACCCUUGUCGACAAGCAAGUUGGUGGUGGGGAUUUCGCCGUCGAGUUACUCGAGAAAUCGACGGUCCCGGAACGAAUAUUCCUUGCGUCUCGCAUCCUGUUCUUGUCCACCGUGUCCACCGUCCAUGCUGGUACCUUCAUCCGGUCGCUGGUAGAGACCAAGUCUCCCAGCAUAACCGAGGUGAUCGGGAGCAAGCUGGAUCUGCUCACGCGUGCGAUCCUCUCUGGCACGAAACUUGCACGUGAAGCCAUGACAGACCUACUGAAAUUCACGUUUAAUCUGUUGCUACACUAUCCCAAGCUUGUCGACGAUUCUAAUGCUAAUGAAACCAAAGUAAUGGGCGACUCUUGGAGUGAACGCUUGGAUGGGAUCCUCCCCCCUCUUCUGCGCACCUUCAACGCUCUGCCGCCGUCCUUCCCUGCACCCCUCACCUCACCCAUGACGCACGUCAUCCAUGCAUUGAUCACCAUCCCAGUCUCGCCUUCGCUGCGGAGUGUUUGGCUCCCUCCUGCAAAGACGUCCCCUUCCUCCACCCCGAAGCCCAUCAGCGCCCAAGAGUCCUCUUCUAGCAGCGCCAGCGCCACCAGUAGCAGCAAGAUCUCGCGGUCCUCCAGCAGCAGCCGCUCCAACUCCCCGACGACCGGGCCAUCAAAGGACCCCAAGCCAGGCGCGUUCGAUCGCGCGUGGUCCGCCCUCUCUGCUGGCCGGCGGUCGCUCUCGCGCUCUUCGUCCCCGCACACGUCCAGCCCGAACGUCGACGUCCUGCUCAGGGCGUACGACCUCCUCGACGUGUCGCUCCACCAUUACAUGCCGGACGCGGUCGACCCCGACGACUCGAGCGUCCGCCAGAAGUGUGUGCGGGAGAUGGACCAGCCGCUCGACGACGUGAUGACGCCCCUCGUCGUGCUCAUCACGAAGCUCUGCCUGGCGGACGAGGGCUCGCGCACGCGCAUGCGCCAGUGGAUCCUGCCGGACGACCUGGACAGGACGAGUCCGCUGGAGGGGAGGGCGGAUCUCCUGGGCAGGCUGUUGAGGUCCCUGGCUAGCGUCCACCACGCGAAGCUGAAGAACGCGGUUGGAGAGAUGCUGUAUGCUAUCUGCGACUCGGACGGGAGCACCCUCGCCUCGUACGUCGGCUACGGCAACGUCGCCGGGUUCCUGUUCAACAAGGGCAUCAUGUCUGCGCCCCCGCCCCCUGCCGGGUCGACCGCGUCGGCUCCCACCACGACGGCGAACGGUACGCCGAUCAACCCCAUCACCGGCGUGGCGGAGAAGCCUGCGCCACCCAUCGAGAUGACGGACGAAGAGAAGGAGCGCGAGGCGGAGAAGCUGUUCGUGCUGUUCGACCGCCUGGAAAAGACGGGCGCGAUCCCGAAGGAGUCGAAUCCAAUCCGUCAAGCCAUCCAGCAGGGCAAGCUCGGCUGA